AAAUACUCUGUUUUGACUCAAUGAAACAGCUCUAUUUUUGGCGCAAAUAUUUCUGAUCUAAUAGAAUCAGUUAUUGACUCCGUAGUUAUCUAUUCGCCGGGUCAUCAUAGGCCAUAGGGAUCCCAAGCGACCGUGUGGUUACUGCUCCCUUUCUUGCAUCUCCAUCGCCAUCGACCUCCAGCAGGCGCCACUGCUGUCCCCGCCGUCGCCGGGACCUCCGGCCAGCGCCCCCGCCGUCCGCGCUACCCGUCGCCGGGACCUCCGGCCAGCGCCCCUCCCGUUCCUGCUACCCGUCGCCAGGACCUCCGUCCAGCGCCCCUGCCGUCCCCGCCGUCCAUUGCCGGCACCUCUGACCAAUGUCAUCAGUUUCUCCAACUAGGACUAUCAAUCCGUCCUGCAGGUCCGUUAGUUUUGAUUGCCAUCUCCCUAGUCAAUUUUUAUGGGCUCCUACUUCAGAAAAUUAAAGGGGGGAAGUGCAUUGUUUGAUCUGACAAUUAUUCACGCUCCGUUUGGCUCUCAUGCCCAGUUGCUUGUCUAUCAAUAACAAUUAGGUGUACUGAUACAUUUGGUCUUGUUCAUUUAAAUAAGAUUUUCGUAAUUAAAAUCUUACUGGUAAAUGAUAGAUAUCUCUGUUUUGACUCCAUAUAUAUUGGUACAGGUAGUUAGGUAGUCAGAUAUAAAACACUAGAUGGCACCAAGUAAGGCAUGGAUGGAUUUAGUUGAUGAACGUAUCAGUGAGGAAUGUUUAGAUGGGAACAUCUCCAAAAAAGAUAUUUAUUUGGCUGGUGUAAAAAAGUUUCUGGACUAUGCCUUUAAUAGGACAGGUAGCUCUGAUGAAAUUAAAUGUCCAUGCAUCAGAUGCUGCAAUACAUACUCCAAAUCUCGUGGGGAAGUGUAUUCCCAUCUUAAAAUCUUUGGGAUCAUAGGAAACUAUAGAUUUUGGUAUCAUCAUGGAGAAGUUUUGGGUGAGCCUGAGACAGAUUCAGAAAUUGAAGAGGAUGGUGGCUCUUAUGAAAUAACUGAAGAAGAAGGUUAUAAUGGAAUGGAAGAGUUGAUGAUGGAUUUAUUUCCCCAAGAAACUAACCCAAUCAGCAACACUAUGACGGCACCAACUCCCAAUGAAGAAUAUGAACAGGAACCAAAUGUUGAAGCUGCAAAAUUCUACAGAUUGCUUGAAGACUUGAGCCAACCUCUUUAUGAAGGAUCUAGUAUAUCCAAAUUAGCUGCUACUGUUAAGUUGCUUAAUACAAAGAAUUUGGGGAAGUGGAGUCACAAGUCCUUUUCUAUGUUAGUGGAGUUACUCCGCAAGGACUUUCUACCAGAUAAUUCCACUUUGCCAAACUCUUAUUAUGAAGCCAAAAAGAUUAUGAAGGAACUGGGACUAAGCUACAUAAAAAUCGAUGCUUGCCAUAAUGAUUGCAUGCUAUACUGGAAAAAUGAUAUAGAUGCACAAUUCUGCAAGGUAUGUAACAGAUCGAGAUGGAAGAAAGAUAAGCAUUCAGGUGAAGAAAUAGUGUCAGCCAAAGGGAAGAAGAUCCCAGAGAAGACUAUGCGAUAUUUUCCAAUCAAGCCAAGACUUCAGCGACUGUACAUGUGUAGGAAAAUUGCUAGUUUCUGUACAUGGCAUAAUGAGGGCAGGGUAGAUGAUGGCGUGAUGAGGCACCCUGCUGAUUCUAAAGCAUGGAAACAUUUUAAUGAUACCCAUCCCUCUUUUGCUUCUGAGCCUCGCAAUGUACGGUUGUGCCUUGCUGGUGAUGGUUUCCAACCAUUUACUAACAUGAAAACCUCAUACAGCAUUUGGCCUAUAUUCCUUGUUCCUCUCAAUUUGCCACCUUGGUUGUGCACAAAGCAGCAAAAUAUAAUGCUUUCCAUGCUGAUUUCUGGACCAGAAGGUCCUGGGGAUGCAAUUGAUAUUUACCUGCAACCAUUAAUUGAAGAGCUGAUUGAUCUCUGGGAUAAUGGCGUUGACACCUACGACGCAUCAACCAGGAAAAAUUUCACACUCCGAGCAGCUCUUCUUUGGAUUGUUCAUGACUUCCCAGCAUAUGGGAAUCUAUCAGGACAUAGCACCAAGGGACGGCUGGCUUGUCCCGUUUGCCACAAAGAAACAUGGUCAUUAUGGUUAUCAAAGGGUAAAAAGUUUUGCUACAUGGGCCAUCGGCGAUUCCUUCCAAAUGAUCAUAAAUGGAGAAAGAAUAAAACUUCUUUUGAUGGUACCAGGGAACAUCGUGGCCCACCAAAGCCACUAACAGGAGAUGAGGUGCUACAACAGGUAAAUGAUCUAGAGGAGGUAGUCUUGUCUAAGGAUCCGAGUAAGAAGACCAAGAUAUCACACAGUGAAAGAGGAGAUAACUGGUUAAAGAAAAGCAUAUUUUUUCGAUUACCUUAUUUCAGCACACUUUUGCUGCGUCACAAUCUGGAUGUGAUGCAUAUAGAAAAGAAUAUAUGUGAGUGUAUUAUUGGAACAAUUCUAAAUAUAAUAGGAAAGACAAAGGAUAAUAUUAAUAGUCGCCUUGAUUUGCAAGAAAUGAACCUAAAGCCGCAUCUGCAUCCUAUUGAAGAUAAUGGCAAGACAGAUUAUCCACGAGCACCUUACGAUCUCACUACUGAACAAAAGAAUAAACUAUUACAAUUCUUCAGAGAUUUGAAAGUUCCAGAUAGUUUUUCUUCUAAUAUCAGCCGUUGUGUUAAUUUGAAGGAGCGAAAGCUUUCUGGACUGAAAAGUCAUGAUUGCCAUGUCAUCUUGAAUCAUAUACUUCCUUUUGCAUUAAGAGGACUUGUACCAACAAACAUUUAUGCACCUCUGGUAGAGCUGUCCCAAUUUUUUUGCACAUUGAACUCCAAAGCAUUAUCAACUCAGCAACUGGAGCAACUUGAGAGUACAAUACCAAGCACAUUAUGUAAACUUGAAAUGGAAUUCCCACCCUCUUUUUUUGAUCCCAUGAUGCAUUUACCUGUACACUUGGCUAGCGAGGCCCUGAUUGGUGGACCCACAAUAUAUCGUUGGAUGUAUCAAUUUGAGAGGCAAAUAAAAUUUCUAAAGUCCCUAGUUCGUAACAUGGCUCACCCAGAGGCUUCCAUAGCAGAGGGCUAUCUUGCAUAUGAGUUUAUAACAUUGUGCUCGAGGUACUUGGAUGAUAUGGAGACAAUGCACAAUCGACCUGGAAGAAUCAAUGAUACAUCAGACCAUGAAAAAUUCUAUUUACCAGAAUUCUCCUCUUCUGGACGGCCACUUGGUGCUGGCAAAACUAGAGACCUUGAUAUGGUUGAGUUACAACAAGGCCAUAUUUAUGUUCUCCGAAAUUGUGAUGAGGUCCAACCAUUUAUAAGUGAGUACACCAGCAGUCCUGAGGGCUCCCAAUUACAACAGUUUACACCCCUUUGGAACCAAAAUUUUAUUGUUUGGUUCAAAGAGAAGGUUCAUCAUUUACAUGAAAAUGAUAAAAGUGAACGAAUGGAAGACCUUUUGUCAUUGUCACGAGGCCCUCUAAAAAACACAACAUGUUUUUCAGGCUAUGAUACACAUGGUUUUAGGUUUCGCAUCGAAAGUCGUGAUAGGAACCGGUGUACACAGAAUAGUGGGGUGGCUGUUAUUUCCGAAGGAAGCAUGGAUGAGGACCAUGUAGAAUAUUAUGGUGUUUUGACAGAGAUACUUGAGCUCCAAUUUUUAGGUGGAAGGCGAGUGCCAUUAUUUCGUUGCAAGUGGGUUGACAUCUUUAAUAACUCUCGAGGGAUAAAGACAGAUGUUUAUGGACUUGUUAGCAUAAACUUCAAGUGUUUACUUAAGACAGAUGAGCCAUUUGUCUUAGCUAGACAAGCCUCUCAAGUAUUUUUUGUUAAGGACAAUCUAAUCAAAGGAUGGCACUUGGUCGUCAAAAUGCAACCACGUGACACUUAUGAUGUACCCCCUGGAGAUUCAGAUGAUGAAGCAAUUGAACCUGAUGAUGAUGGUUAUGAAGACGAGCACAUUGAGGACCCUUCAAACAUAUCAUCAUGUGGAAAGAGGAAACCAUGAUGGUGCUAUUUUUUCAUGAGUUGGCUAGCUGUUAGUGUAAGCCUUAGUACAGUAUGGCCUAGAGUUCAAUUAGAGUCAAGGUUAGCUAGAGCAUGCAGCAGGUUUAAUUCUUUGUUUCUUUUCCCUAAUCUCUUCUCAUGUACUGCACACCACUCUUAAGAAAUAUUGCUAUAUUUUCAUUACCAGGUAAGAAUAUUGCUAUAUUUUCAUUACCAAGUUCAGUGUUUAUCAUAAUAAUUUUCCCUUCAUACACCACUUUUAAGUAAUUGAUAUGGCUGCUUACUAGGUUCAGUGCUUAUCAUAAUAAUUUUCCCUUCAUACACCACUUUUAAGUAAUUGAUAUGGCUGCUAUUUGUUCAGGUUCUCACUAUGCAAAGAGGCAGGUAUGGAAAUCUCACGGCUGCAGCAUUGGCUAAGUGACAAUACAUAAGUCCUGGACUGCUUCGUCAGCAACAUGCGAAGCGAACCUAUCCAAAUAUCAGUAGCGGUGCACCAAUCCACAACAGUAGUAAUGUAGGCACCAAUGGUGCUCAUACUUCAAUCAAGAAAGCUACUAGUUUCAAGAACCAUUUCCAAGUACCUGAGGAUAAUCCAGAACAUGGAGAUGAAUUAGAUGAUCUGUGUGAUAGGACAAUGAAUACACCGAAGUCCAAAGGUGCAUAUUUUGCAUAUGCUAGCUCUGAACCAGAAGAUGAAGACACAGAUUGGUCAGAAUGGAACAAGAAAGCAAAGAAGUUCUUAUCCAAGAACAAAGAUCUAGUUGAUCAAGAUAGGAUGCAUGCUGGAUGGAGCAGAGAUGAUGGAAGGUCUGUCGAUCAAGACGGAUUGUCUAAUAAUGAUAACAUGGAGACUGAAGAAGCACAAGAGGAUCAGCAUCUUGCAGAUAGAUUAAAUCGUGACAAAAAAGUUGAAAAGAAACAAGGUCGUGGAAAAAACAAAUGUAAGAAGGUUGCUAAACUAAAGGCAGACGAGAAAAUUAAAGUGAGGUUCUAUAACAAGAGAGCUUUAUCUAAAACAUUCUCACGACAGUUGGGUAGAAUUGUGCGUGAUCUUAACAUCACUCCAAUAAGGGUCAAGAAAUGGACAGAUAUAAGUCCAGUAGCUCAGAAGCACAUUUUUUAUGCAAUUAAGGACAAGUUCGAAAAUGCAGACCAAAAUAUUGAACUUGAUGUCUACGAAAAUGAGAUCAUGGAGCAUGCUAGAGAUCUAUGGAACAAUUGGCGUGGAGACUUAAAUCGGCAUUUUGUUAAGCCAGCAAGGAAUAUGCAACAUGCUAUUAAGAAUUGUCCUCAAGAGAUUCCAAAAGCAGAUUGGGAGUGGCUUGUCAAAGAACAUUUCUACAGCAAGGAGUUCACAGAAAAAAGCAAGAGAAACUCCAAAAAUAGAUCUAGCUUAAAAAUUCAUCAUCACAGUGGCAGCAAACCUUUCAGACAGAUCAUCUGGGACAAUGGUGGCAACCAAAACAAGCCUCCAAGUUUGGACACAUUAUUUUCUAUCACUCACACAAAGGGUGGAACUUUUGUGGAUUCUGAAACCUCCAGCAAGCAUGCACAGAUUCAGAAGGAAAGGUUGUUGAACCCUUCUCUUUCUAAUGUAGAACUUGUGGACAAGUGCUUCCCAUCCACAAGGCGUGACCAUGUUGUUGGUUAUGGUGGUGGAAUAAAAGCAAGAGACUUGAGAAGUCCAGCUAUUACCAAGGCUGAACUGGUAGAAAAAAUAGCACAGUCUGAGCAAGAAAGACAAGCACUUCAGGAUGAUAAUCAAGUCCUUCAUGAAGAAAAUCGAAAAGUUAACAAUCGUAUGAGCCGAAUGGAAGAAGAAUGGGCACAAAUGAAGAAGUAUAUGAGUGCUAACUAUAGCCAACCUGAUUCACCGGGAUCAGCUGGAACAAGAUAUCCGGAUGAAGAUUAUUAAAACAAGACAAGUGAAUGGUUUAUGAGCAGAUCUACGUUGCAUGCAUAUGCCAAUUUUUACAGCUAGUUUGAUCUUCUUUAUAGGAUUGGCCUUAGCCUUUGUUAGUUUCAUGUCCUGGAUAUCUGUUGCAAAAAACAUGAAGUACUAUGAUGUUGGAUUAUGUUUUUUGCAAAUAUAUUUUUUUAACAAGCA